ACCCGACAGGCGGCUCCGUCUCAUCGGGAAAGGAGAGAAUCGCGGCGCAGCCAGGCAACCUCACGCGGAAGUCCGCCCUCCCAGAGCCGCGGGGACUCUCUGAAACCAGAGACGGCGACACACAGGAGUGGAGAGAUCUGGGGGUCCCUGCGGAUUGUUCCUCUCAUGCUGCGGGAUCGAGCUGAGUUCUAGCAAGGAGAGAUCCUCUCGUGAUCUUGCUGCACGGGGAAAGGGGGGAGAAGCGCUUGCUUAUUUCCACCAUGCAGGUAAGGAGAAAAAGAAAAGCGCACAUGCAAAGCCCCCUAGAGAGCCCGCCUUUUUCAAACUGUUCCGGUAGCUUUCAUGUGGUCCAGCCGCUUCGGCUCUUGCCUUUCUGAACGCUGCUGGUCUGCCCAGUCGCCUUCGAGGGAAGGAGAAAACUGGCGCGGUCCUUUCGUGCGAGGAUCGAGCGAGGGCUGCCGGGAGCACCUGUAAGGUGGUGUGGCCAAGGGCGGCCGGACAGAAAAAUCUCUUGCUCUACUGACUGAGCUAUGUAGAAGAAUUGGGUUUCCAUUUGGGGACAGUUCAUGGCAUCUAUUUUUGCAAAGUGCACUUCCCCCCCAAAUUAACUUCGAUACUGAAAGUAUAAGGAUUUAUGUUUAUAUUGGUGUGCAGCCGGAUCCUGUGAAGCAACUGCCACUCAGUUCAGGAGGGGGUCCUUACUCUCAAGUAAGUUGGUAUGGCACUGUAGCCUUAACUGCAAUGGAUACAACAAUAUUUAAACAGCUACUUGUUUUGUUGUUUAGCUUAAGUAGCUAACUGACAGUUGGGUAAUUUAUGUUAAAUAUUCUUAUCUAGCACUGCAAUAAAAGUUUCCCAAGAGUUUCAUACCUCCUAAGGCAAGGGUGGUGGCAUACAAUCUGCUGAGCACUGGCAGAGGGGGGAAAGAAGGCUGUAGUUGGUUCUUCCUUCCUUAUUAUUUGUUCCACGUUCCCACCAUGUACACCUCCCCCCAUUUACUCUGCAUCCUCUAGUGCGCAUCCACUACAUUCUGAUGUGUGUCCCCCUCUCCCCGCAUCCAGCUUCGAUUUGAAUUGAGAAAAAGAACGACCUAGCUGCCUUUUAAGCUGUGCGCAGCCUGUAGCACUGAAGUUUGGAUGCUGAUGCUGCUCCGACCACAAAAUUAAGGAACCAGGAAACCACUCCAGUCCAAUGAUUAAAAACCAUCACCUUUCCUUGGGGAACAUUUUGGGAAGCAUCAUUCUGUGUUACAGGAUGGCUAGGGCAAGAGAUUACCUGUUUAGACAAUGUAGUGGUUUGUGGAACUUCUUUAUGCAGAAGCAAUGUCUGUACCACCCUUUAAGCUUCCCCUGGACUUGUUAACUGUCCCUGUUCUACUCCUUUGAGUACUACUUGAAUCCUUCCAGUUCCCAGAUGACAAACACCCUAUCUGAAAAUGUCCUUAAGUGCCAUUAAAUGUCCUUAAAUAAUACUUGGAGCAAUUAAUUAGGAUAAAUUUUCAGAUUAACCAAUAGAGGCAACUUGGAUGCGGAUCAAGGAGCUGCCCGUCUCUUGCUCAAUAUUUUCUGUUUAUAUUCCCAAACAAAGCAACACUGAACCCUAACUGUGUGUGAUGCUUUGAAUCUGGGUGAUUCUCAUGCACCUGAGCAGCUCUUGAGCACAUUUGUAUCUGAGUUACAGGGGAAUAUUUAUUUAGUCCCAAAAAGAAUAUAGAGUCAGAUGAAGAGCUAAGGUGAUAACAAGUUUUCAAUGUAGUGGGAGUCACAAAACCAAUUUAUCUAAACAUUAAUACAAACUGUUCCUAACCUACCCUGCCAACCUAAACCAUUGUGGCUUCAUAACCUCAGUCUUUUAGCAGCUCAUCCAAGCUCAACUUGAAGUGAAAUAUGCACUAAGAAUGUAAGAAUGCCUGUAAGGGACUGGUUGGGCACCAAGCUCCCCUCCCCCCGGUCUCCCAGAACCAGAAGAGGCAUAAAAGGGGGGCGAGCAAAGACAGCCAACAGGCAUAGUCUCAGAUUGCUUAGGAAGAACCCUGAAGGGGGUGGUUAGGAAGCUGUGGAGGAGGCAGGGACCUACAGUCUCAGCAACUGCUUUAAGGGGGCAAGACCUGCUGGAGAGGAGUUGCUGUGCUCAUUAGGCCUGACAUUCUGUGCAGGUCCUGUUUUUGCUAAUAAAGAGUUAACUCCAACUAGCUUGGGUGAUUUACUGCUGGCUCACUCCAGUCACUGACAGAUGCUGACUACAGGCAUAGACAUAUCAUUACCCCAUUCCGGAUCUUUCUUACACAUUAGAUUUAGUAAACUUUCUUGCUCAUACUUCCCAAGUCUUCUGGAGGAAAACAGAUUAUCUAAUUAUGGAAUAUCCCUCAUACUGAAAAUUCAUUCAAAGGCAUAGUGAUGCCUACGGAUUAUGCAUAGAUAGGCAUUAAAAUAUAUGAACGUAUGCCUCACUGGCCUGAAUCGCACAUCUUGUUAACACAUUGAUAAUGUUUUGCCAACCAUUGGUUUAACUAACUGUUGGUUUGACACAAAUAAGCAGGCUGUUCAUGCAUACAGCUCAAAAGUCCUCUCUUUGUACCUUCCCUGCCCAUGGUCACACUGGGAGCAACAAGACAUAAACCUUGGCUUGCCAUGUUGUCUAGAUCUGGGCUCAUGGUUUAUUUUUCUUCAGACAAAUCACUACCAACAGCCAAGAGAUCUCUGCUUACCACUUGUGACUUGUUUGGGGAAAACAAAGCACAAAGACAGAUUUGGAUGCGUCAACAAGCCAAGGACUGUGGUCUGUUGCAAAGUAGAGAUUUUUAGCAAUGCACUGUAGCAUACUGCUUGUUCACAUUAAACUAUAGUUAAACAUUGACUAUGGUUUAUUGUGAUGUGCAAAUACAGCCUCUAUUGUCUCUCAAUACAGCAGGAUGAAGCUACAUGUCACCUGGCUCCUUUAUUUUUGGCUCAUGCUUGGGUAGUAUGCACAAGCAUUCUCAUCCAUCCUGCCUCACAUAUUUGUCUCAAUGAAGUGUAUGAAACUGGCUGAACCGAAACAAGAGAUAGGACAACAUCAUUAGUGGAUUUUUACAACUCUACCCUUCUCUUUGGUUGUGAAGGUUUUCUAGUUGGAAAAAAACACCUGAAUUACUGGGUUAGUGAAAUGCGCAGGAGGAUUUAACAACCUCUUAUUGUGUAACAAAAUUUUCCUUAAAAUUCUUUUUUAAAUUAUUUUUGAGCAGAGCAUUUCUGCUCUGAAAAACACAGGACCUGAAUUAGGGACCAGAGCAGAUCUUGAACACCUGCUGCUUACCAUAAAAAUGCUAUGCUAAUUGGCCCUGUAUGAUGGAAGAAACUAGAAAAUAAAUCAGUAGAAAUCUAUAUUUUGAAACACCCAGUGCAGUUAUUAAUUGGUAACAAUAAUUUUUUUUGACCCCCCAAAUGUUAGAUUUCUACCAUACUUACUUGCUUUUGCUAGGCUGUCAGAUCCUCAGUACUUGGGCUGGUUCUGAUAAUGGAGAGCCUGCAUAUAAUCAGAAGCAACAACAGAGGAGACAUCCAGGAUAGAGUUUGUAGCCCAAUUUAGAAAAUAAAACCAACGUUACUACACAGUGAAGUAAGCUACACGUCACACUAUGCUAUAAUUACUGUGUGAGAGAUACUAAACACAUCAAGUGUCAUAUGCAUAAGUACACAGACAGGUGUUUCUUUACUGAAAGUAAAAUGUUGUUGCUAUGAUAUCAGUUCCUUGGAAGUUAUCAGUAUGCAUCUAGUGAGCCAGACAUGUUCUUCUGGUUUUGGUAUUGUCAGCUGAAUGGUUGGUUUCACAGUUGGGCAACACUCAAGAUUCUAAUCAGUGUUUGAAAAUCCACACAGAGUUAUGAUGUCUACUAAGAAGGAAGUAACUAGAGAUAUGUACGGUAUGUUUGUGUUGUUUCUGCAUGUAUCCAAAUGCUGUAGUGUCGAAUGCUGCUGUUCCAACCACUUCAUUCCAUUCCCCCUCCACCUGCAACAAUCAGUCUACGUUCUAUGUCCAUUCUAUAUCUUCAUUAGCCUGCAUUUUGGGAGUGGGGUUCAUCCCUUAGAGUUUUUUCCUUAAGGUGGUUUUUUUUGUGUGUACUUGGUUAUACCUUGAAAUUUCCCCAAGCCUGCUGAUAUUUCCUAGUGUGUCAUUUUGUCUACAUAAGGCCAGGCACUUGGAGAAUGAAUUCACUUGAUAUAUGAUACGAUGCUAUGUUGACUAUGUUACUUUUGUUAUAACUUACCGUAACAAGGAAUAUGGGGUUCUGGCAUUCAUCAGAACUGGGAGGGGUGGCUAACACCCCAGAGGACAGGAUCACACUUCAAAACAACCUUGACAGAUUAGAGAACUGGGCAAAAACAAACAAGAUGAAUUUUAACAGGGAGAAAUGUAAAGUAUUGCACUUGGGCAAAAAAAUGAGAGGCACAAAUACAAGAUGGGUGACACCUGGCUUGAGAGCAGUACAUGUGAAAAGGAUCUAGGAGUCUUGGUUGACCACAAACUUGACAUGUGCCAACAGUGUGACAUGGCAGCUAAAAAAGCCAAUGCAAUUCUGGGCUGCAUCAAUAGGAGUAUAGCAUCUAGAUCAAGGGAAGUAAUAGUGCCACUGUAUUCUGCUCUGGUCAGACCUCACCUGGAGUACUGUGUCCAGUUCUGGGCACCACAGUUCAAGAAGGACACUGACAAACUGGAACGUGUCCAGAGGAGGGCAACCAAAAUGGUCAAAGGCCUGGAAACGAUGCCUCAUGAGGAACAGCUAAGGAGCUGGGCAUGUUUAGCCUGGAGAAGAGGAGGUUAAGGGGUGAUAUGAUAGCCAUGUUCAAAUAUAUAAAAGGAUGUCACAUAGAGGAGGGAGAAAGGUUGUUUUCUGCUGCUCCAGAGAAGCGGACACGGAGCAAUGGAUCCAAACUACAAGAAAGAAGAUUCCACCUAAACAUUAGGAAGAACUUCCUGACAGUAAGAGCUGUUCGACAGUGGAAUUUGCUGCCAAGGAGUGUGGUGGAGUCUCCUUCUUUGGAGGUCUUUAAGCAGAGGCUUGACAACCAUAUGUCAGGAGUGCUCUGAUGGUGUUUCCUGCUUGGCAGGGGGUUGGACUCGAUGGCCCUUGUGGUCUCUUCCAACUCUAUGAUUCUAUGAUUCUAUGAUUCUAUGAUCAGGCCUGCUUCAAUAUAUAAGCAGUGAGCUGAGCAAUGGACUUUGUUGGAGCAAUUCCUGCUGUUCCUGGAAGCUCCCACAGGUGUGACAGAACCUAACAGUACUCACUUAGGUAACAUAACUAUGCCUGAGCUAUAACAUUUCAAACUUGCAUGCUUGAAUGGUCCCUCCCCCCUCCCCCAUACACAUAAGAUCUCUCAAUUUUUCUGUGUAGGUGUGUUGGGGAGUAUAGGGCAGAAAACCAUGUGAGUGUGAAGAUGUAAAACCAGACACAGGCUCACUAACAGUGAGAAUGAAGCCUGUGAGAAUGAGGCCAUCUUCCUCCCAGCUGCCGGUCUCUGCCCCAUUAACCUUUCCCAAUAGUGUGGUGGUUCUCAGUCUGGCCAGAAUGAAGACAGUGGGAAUACACACUUGUUCAUGUAAGCAAAUAAUAUGCAAAUAAAAACUAUCAAGAAGCUUUUGACAAUGUUUAAUGUCCAUCACCAAAAAAGUUGCAUAAGUGGGAUAAAAAGACUGAUCCUCUUACAGAUCGGUGACUGGUUAAAGAAAAGGAAGCAGAGAGAGGAAUAAAUGAUCCAGAGUUUAUUCUAACAUGCAACUAGACACAUUUUGUGCAGUGUCAAAAAUAUUUGUGCAGUGUGAAGUAAGUGUUUUGUGCAAUUGGGCAUAUGAGAUUUAAUAAGGAACUAGGUUGUUUUUUAAAAAAGGAAACAGACGAGAAAAUGAACUUUUAAGUUGAAAGGAUACACAAAAGAACUGAAGUGACUGAACAAACAUAGGAGUAAAAAGAAAGCAGUGUAAGCAAAUUUUACUCUCUGUCCCCCUCUAAACAUCCUUAUGGCACAAGCUUUGUGCUUUUCUUGUCCAGCAAGCAAUAAGCUUUCCAAAGGCGAAGAGGUGUGAUUUAGUGUUCAGCAGCCAGUGGCCAAAAGUUGCCUCCAGCAGCUACAGUUCUUCACAGGCCUUGAAGUGGCUCCUUCCUGCCCAGCUCUUCAGUAGAACUUAGGCCUGAUAGCCCAGGUAGCACAGACCCCCUGACUCUCCUUUUAGCUCCUUGUGCAGGCUCCUUAAUCCUUCCUUCUCCAACAUUUCUGUUUUCUUUUCUCAAUUAAAACAGCAGCUGUGGCCUAGGACAAGUCUCUGGGUCAUACAACAGUUCCCAGGACUCCUGGAGCUUUGUUUCCAUUUGCCUGUGUUAAGUUUUGUCCUCCACCUAUCCCAGAGAACAAAUCCUUGAAGAAGACACAUAUCCCAUGACUAUACUUCUAGAAAGUUUGGUUCUAUAGAAAGCAACACCUCAGAGCGACUUCAGAUUGAGACCUGCUAGGCCAAACACACUGUGAGGGUUUGCAGAUUGAACUGGGUAGGCCAAGGAGUAGAAAGCCUCAGACAAGUUGAAGGAAAAGCAGUGUAGUAAAUGAUACAUGGGUUUGAGGCAACAACACAGUUUUGGAGAACCAUUUUGUGAAGAGCCUCUGUUCAUCCUUAGCAUAUCAUAACAGUAAAUAUAAACAUAUUUUAUAACUUAUUUUACAGGAUAGUCAUUUUGUAACAGAGGGAAAAUACUAAAAAUUGUAAUCUGGGGUGGGGGCUUAGAUUCAUAUUGCAAGCAAAGGGAGUGUCAGUAAUGUAGUCAGCUAUAGGCUAGUUCUAACCGAGGGUUUAUUUAUUAAAUAAAAUUGUAUGUUUUAUUUGUAUAAGUAAAAUAUUUAUUGUUAAUUUUAUUUAUUAAAUGUGUAUACCAACCUAUACCCACAGGUUACAACAUAAAAACACAAUAUGAAAAUAAAAAAUACAUAAUAAUAAUAAUAAUAAUAAUAAUAAAAACAACCCAAUAACCCCACUCUCCCUAGUUAUAAUUGAGGGGGACAUCCCCUUACUCCUCUAUUCUUUUCAAAGCACCUCUAUUUUGCUUGUACCCUGUCUUUCUUACCGUAUUUCUUCAAAUUUCCCAUCUUUUCUUCCUUCCUGUCUCUUUCUCUGUCAGUUCUUGUUUUAUCUUCCCUCUUUCAUGUUUCUUUCAGUUAAAAAAAAGUUCAAAGGCAAGCAGUGUGCUGACUGCUUGUGCAGUAGGAGAAGCUUAGAAUAAACCCAGAAAUGGACAGUUCUCACAAUGGAGGAAUGAUUUAAUUGCUUACAAGUAGUUUUUGCAAUACUUAACUUGUGUUCUUUAUAACGUUCAACAAGUAAGGGGCAGGAUUCAGUCCUCAUCCCCCCAGGCAGACAAGAAAUGCUAAAGAGAACCAGAUUCGUUUCGCUAGUUAAAAUGAACUUUUGUUUCACCGGUUAAAAUGAACUUUUAUAGAACAUAGUUUAUACUCUGAUAACGGAUACUCUGAUAAUGUAGGAUAGUGAAUAAGUACAGUAUCACCUUCACUUGGUUAAUCUGUAACUUUAUUAACCUGCAACUCUGAACCCAAUUUAGCUCAGAUCCUGAAAACGGUAACUUUAUGGCAAUGCUAUAUUUGUCUGGGGCAAAUAAAUGCAUCAAACUAUUGUUGUCAAUAGAUAAUGUAGGAAAAAUUAAUCACCUUAGUUUUUUGUUUCUUGGAUUUCUGCCCCAGCAGUUUAACUUAAUGCAUUCAUUUCAAGCCUUAUCUUUACAAAGGCAGUGAUCAAUACGGUAAAGGUAAAGGUAAAGGUAUCCCUGACCAUUAGGUCCAGCCGCGGAUGACUCUGGGGUUGCGGCGCUCAUCUCACUCUAUAGGCUGAGGGAGCCGGCAUUUGUCCGCAGACAGCUUCCGGGUCAUGUGGCCAGCAUGACUAAGCCGCUUCUGGCAAACCAGAGCAGCAAACGGAAAUGCUGUUUACCUUCCCGCCGGAGCGGUACCCAUUUGUCUGCUUGUACUUUGACGUGCUUUCGAACUGCUAGGUGGGCAGGAGCCACCAAGCCCUAGGCUCUGUGGUUUAGAGCACAGGGUCACCCGCAUCCCACUACACUGUACCUGUCUCCAAUCAUAUUCUUCUUAUGAUACUUAUGCUUUGACACUUAUUUCGUAUUAGAAUUAUCAACACUUUGUUGGUUUUGCUCCUGCACCUUUAACAGCAACCUUCUGUCUAAAUACUUAACAGGUGAAACUGCUUGUAGUUAGCUGUUUAACUUAGCAAUGCAGCAAUUACAUUUUCAGGAGCAAGGCCAGCAAAAAAAGUUGACAAUGUUUAGGAAUUAUGGGAAAACAAAGAUUUGAUAAGUGCAACAACAUUUUGCGGUCAUAAAAGAAAAGCUAUCUUUUAACUUUUAAAAUCUCUUUCUCUAGGAUGAAAUUGCGCUGAUGCCUUUAUCUCCCUUUGAAGACCACGAGGCUCUAAGCUCAGUAAGUUAUAGACCUUCAUUUCAAGCGGAAGCCUUUUAAAGCCCAGAUUGAAGUUCCUUAAUUUUUAUUUUUUUUCCAAAAUGGAGAUCCAAAACAAGGCCUAUUCAUCCUAAUCUUAAAUAUUGCUCAGAGGUCAGGCAUGCUGGCUAGGAAUAAUGGGAGUUGGGAGGCAAUCAAACUUCAUCUGGAGGGCUAGAGGUUUUUCACCUCAGUCCUAAACUAAUAAUACUGGUUACUAAUUUAUUCUUUUAUAUAUUUUCUGCCAGAGAGGUGCUGGGAUGGGGGAAUGAGUGCCAUUUGCUGAUUUGUCUCAGACAACAAAAUGUCUUGGGUCAGUCCUGAUUGUUACCAAAUUGCCCCUCCUUUUAAAAAGGAAAAAAAAAGAGGUGGAAAUUUUAUGUGUUGUGCAGAAUUAAUGAUGUUAAGUUCACUGAUAGUUAGGAGAUGGUACCUAAAAUCCUUUACCUUAGCCAAGCCUGCCAAUUCAGUAGAAGGGUGAACAGGAUAUAUGAAAAUACUUGGGUAUUCUGAGCCCCUUGGCAUCUAUCCUGAUUUGGUACUGUGUAUCUGUUAGAAUAGUGUUUGAGAUGUCAGUUAUUUGCUCCACAAUCAUUUUUACAUGGAUCAAAUAUCAGAAAGAUGUUUAUUUAAAAAAUUACUUUUAAAACUGAAUCCAUAGGGAAUGGAUGGUUGUGAUUUAUUGGUAGAGGGGUGAAGUAGUAUGGGAAUACUAUAGUUGAAAUUUCUCACCUGCUUUAUUCCUUUUUCUCAGUAACCCUAACUUUUUCUUACUCAUUGCAAACUUGGUUGUCUAAGAGGGCGGUGAAAUGGUUACCUAAAAACAAAAUAGGGGUUUCUGCAUACUCUGAGGACUCCCCAGGUAUGUAAAAGCUGCAAAUGGAAAGGAGACCCCCUUCUUCCUAGUGAGGUCUACACACAAGCAAAGCCCUUGGGACCGUUAUACUGGGACAAAUAUCUGACAGCUGCUGCAAUACAUUGGAACAGUAGAGAGAGAAAAAAAUGUAAAAUAGUGACCUUCCAAAAAACUUUGGAAAAUUUGAUAGAUGUAAAGCUCAAUAUGGCCACCACCAAAUAGUAAUGUUUUAAAAACAUUUUCCCUUGCAGAAGUCUGACCAUUGAAUACUUGUUUUGAAUGUCUACAGAUUGUUGUACAUAUGUUUUAAUUAGCACUGUCAAUAUAAAGUGGUCCUGAACAAAUUUCUUCCAAUGCAUCCAAGCUGGUUUACAAUUUUAAAAUGCUAAAAACAAAUAGAAGUUAUUAAGUACUGAACAGCAGAGUUCUCUCAGAUUGUUGAUGGUCUCUUCAGAAUCUAUCAGAAGGCAGGACUCUCUGGCCUAGACUUCUGCCUUCCCUCAUGGUACUUUUAGGAUGGUAAUUAGUAUGUAAAGUAAAUUGCAAAAGAAAUUAUUCUGACAUAGAACCAUAGAAUUGUAGAGUUGGAAGGGACCUCAGAUGUCAUCUAGUCCAGCACCCUGCAAUGCAGGAAUCUCAAAUAAAGCAUACAUGACCGAUGGCCAUCCAACUUAUGCUUAGAAACCUCUAGAAAAGAGAGUCCAGCACCUCCCGUGGGAGAUCGUUCCAAAUGUCAAACAGCUCUUACGGUCAGAAAGUUCUUACUGAAGUUUAGUUGGAAUCUCCUUUCUUGUAAUUAGAAUCCAUUGAGUCCUCACCUCCAGAGCAGCAUUCAGCAAAUUCUCUUUAUAGCUUGCAUGGAAAACGAAUGUAACUGGAAGCAAAAUGAAAUUUCUGAUACUAUCAAUGCACUGUAUAUACAGUUAAUUAUGACUGUAAGUUGAUUGUGACUUAUAACAUUUCAACUAUACAAUGGAUUUUCAUCAAACCAGAAAGGCAGCACUUCUGCAAUUUUCCUGAAUUUUUGAUAGAUGCUAAACUGGCAAAACUGAAAACUGGAGAUAUGCUAUGAGUGCACAAAAAACAUUAAAUCAUCUGGAUUUUAUAAUGAUUAGAAUGUCAGUACAUUAUUACCUGCUGCAGUGAUUGUGUAAGAGAACUUGGAAUUCCACAGCAGUCUGAACACCAGCAACAUACGGAACUUUAAUGGCAAUGUAUCUUCCUUCAUGAAGGUAGGUUCCUGUGCAUUUGCAUUUGGAAAUCAUUACGCUUAUAUCUUGAGGCAGCCAGAAAUUCUUCUCUCAGGUUUCAACUGCAUGCCUCAUGAUAAUAAACUUCCCAUUGAUUGUUGUUUCAUAUGUGCAAUAUCUUGAUUGGAGAAUUGCUUUCAUAACAAAAUAUGAUGAAAAUUCUCUUAAAGAACUUUUCCUUCAUAGUUUCUUUCUUCUGAUUUCCUCCAACUUUAUUUCCUGCAUCAUUAGUGAUUACUACCAAAUCUCGGGCUUGAGAGUUCUGGGACCUGCACUGUAAGAAGGAUGUAGGACAAAUUGAAAUAGCUCAGAGGAUGGCAGUGAAGAUGGCUGGGUAUGGAAAACACGCUCUAUGAGGAAAGCUUGAAGAACUUGGUAUGUUUAGCUUUGAAAAAGGAGACUAAGGGCAGACAUUCUUCAAAGGACUAUUGCACGCAAGAGGUCAAAAAUCCUUGUUAUCUGCUGUCCCAGAGGGUAGAACUAGGUCAGAUGAUCAGGUGUGGCUGAAGUGGUGCCCUCCAGAUGUUAAGAGUAGCAUCUCUUAAAAUUGGCCAUACUGAGUGGGAUUGAUGGAAGUUGUAGUCCCAGGUCUCAGGUUCAAUCCCCAGCAUCUUCAGGUAGGGCUAGUAUAAACUCCUACUUAAAACCCUGGAGAGCUGCUGCCAGUCAGUGAAGACAAUAUUGUCCCUAUGGAAUUUUUCACAGAAAGUCUACACAGCGAGAGCUAUAAGAGAGUCAAAGGUUUUACAAAGAGAAUAUAAUAACUGGAUAUAUUUGUUGAUUUGCCCCUGAAGUUCUUAGCUGUUUGUGGCUAUUAUUUUUAAAGAUCAGAAGAAUAUUCCUUUCUGGUUUGAUGGAAAUGAUUAUGCAUUAACAUAAUUAUAAGAUGUUUAACUUUCAUAUUUUUAUUUUAUGUAACAUGUGCUGAUACUGUUAGAAAUCCAUAUUGCUUUGAAUUAAGUUCAAUAAUCUUUUAAACAUGAUGUUCAGGUUUCUUUUUCACUGUAACAAAAUUUCUUCUGAAAUUUGUUCUGGGCUGUUUUACGUAUUAACAAUACUAUCUAUGUACAAUAAUCUGUUUAAGAGGCAUAGAAGUCUCACUGGAUGUUUUGCGUUGACUGAAAAUGAUUCCUUGUCUAAAGAUAUUACCCCUAUUUAGACUCAAAUGCAUCUUCAUCAGACUUCUGCAAGGUAAACUAUGUUAAAAUUAUUAUUUGGUGGUGGCCAUAUUGAAUUCUCACUUUUAAUUUUCCUUGAAUUUUUGAGAGGGUCACCCUUGUCCAAUUUAUUUGCCACCUUUCUGUGAUGUUAAAACAGCUGUCAGUGCUCUCACCCUGUAAAUUUAUCAUGGAAUUAUAUUUUGCCUAUUCUUAUAGGACUAGAAAGAUAGAAACAGCUUUUAAGCCUUGUGAUGAAAUUGGGAGAGGGGAAGGGGAAAGGGAGACUGACAGUUGGGAGACAGUUGUUUACAGCUGAAAAUGGCAGUUGGUAUGACAACUACAGAACAUAUGUUAGCUUUGUGUGAGAAAUGAGUUACUAGCAUGAAAAAUAAAGUAUAGGGACAUAGCAAUACAAGAUAGAUAGUAGGAAGAAGAAGAAAAAAUGAGACUGUAGAAGAAAAGUUCAGCAUCCUGGCCACUUUUUUCCAGUAACUUCACGUGAAAAGAAAACUAAGUGGAAGAAGAGAGAGACAGAAGAGAACAUACAAGAUUUUGGAGGCAUAAAAUUGAACAUGCUCAUGUGUGAAUGAAGGUGCACUCAGUACAUAGGUGUCAAUUGCCCAAAUAUCUGAGGUGUAAGAAAAAUGCUGAUCAUGAUUACACAAAAUUUUCAGUUUUGUCACAAAUAUUGUAUCAAAUCUCUCAACGUGAGCUCACUCACUUACAAAAUCACCAGUAUAAUGAUACUUUUCUUCUUUGUAGCUGUAGGAAUCUGUUUUAAAAUUCUACCUAGCCAUAAAUUAUAUUGUUUAUGAAUACAGGGUAUAGUAUAUCAUCAACAUUUACAGUAAAAAAUAAGUCCUAUUUAAUUUGGAGUCUAAAUUAGUUGGAUGGAAUGCAACAAAAAGGCAGGUCCAAUUUUUUAUAUAUAUAUAAACCACAUGGAUUGUUGUUAGCCGCCCUGAGCCCGGCUUCGGCUGGGGAGGGCGGGAUAUAAAUAAAAUUUAUUAUUAUUUGUCAGGGCUGCCUCAAGUCUCAGCUCACAAAAGACCAACGCCUAUCUCUUCUUAUAUACAAAAGUGUUUAUUGCAGUUUAUUGUUUGCUUGACAUCCUAGGCGCGCAGCCCUACGUCUGCUACGCUUAGACCGCUGAAGUCCCCUCUAAAUCCGUCCCUCCCCUGCACCAGUUUAAGAGGCUUGCGCUGCUCCACCUCUUUCUCUCUUUCCUUUUCUGCAGGGUCCUUCUGCCCGCUGGGGUUUCGCCUCUCCUGGAUUCCUCUGACGCGGAAUCAGACUGCUCUUGCCCCCUCCUGCGGGCUUUGGGACCUGGCCCCUCCUCCGGGCUCCCUGUAUUUCCGCGCGCCUCUACAUUUGAACUUGGCGCGCGCGCCCAGCCUCUAACCUUCCUUUUAACAGCUACACUACUCCCUUCACUACUCCCCUCCCCUUCCGGGAGGGUGGCUUGCUCCGACCUCCCUCCUUUCUCUGCUGCCGGAGCCGCUUCCCCUGAUACACUGAAACCUCCACCCCCUUCGCUGCACUCUGGUGGGGAGGCUGGUCCUGACGCCCAGCUGCCACUUUGGGAUGCCCCGCUGGCCCCCUGCUCCUGACACGUCCCCCCUGGGGCUCCCCUGGCCUUGACCACCGGCGCCCCCUUCUGGGAAUCCUCUGAUUCGCUGGAAAGACUCAUGGAAUCUCUUGAGUCAUUGUCAUCCUCUUCCUCGCUGUCCUGGGAUUCAUCCCGAUCGCUCUCCAUCUCCUGCCUACCCUGUGCCUCUGUCCCUGAACCCCUGACAUUAUUAUUAUUAUUAUUAUUAUUAUUAUUAUCAUUAUCAUUGAAGCAACAGCAAAUUAACUCCUCUCUUAACCUUUCUUUCUUCUUAAAAAUACACUGCUUAAUAAUAAUGCUUAAUGUAAUAAAAAUCUCUUAAAGCAAUAAAAACCCCUUAUUAAGCCCCAGUCACAGAUCAAAUGCUUUCUGAGAAGUAUGGAGGGCUUAGAUUAUGUUACACAGAGACUGAGAACUAACACCACUUUUGUCUCUCCUGUUUAUUCCCAGGAAUACUUAGACAACAUUUUUAAAGCAUACCUAUAAUAUGUUUGACAUGUGCACGUGAAAAUGCAAUGUAGGUUUGGAAUAAAUGUAUAUUUCUAAAUACAUGUAUUAAAUUUAAGUACACUUGCUAAGUAGAUAGAUAAAAUCUUUACUUGCAUCAGCCAUAAGCCAUAGCAAAGAAAUAAAAUACAUACAGUAUAUAGCUAGAUGGUUGGCUAUACAAAAUACAUUCUAAGAAUUUACAACUAUAUAAAUAAAAGAGUUAAUAACUGUCCUUGACCACAAAUAAAACAUAUGGAUGAAUGGGCUUUCUUAACAGGCAUUAAGCGGGUUAGUCAUUUGGUAGAUCUUAUUCUGAUUGCCUCAGCUAAAUCUUUUGCCAUGUUUGCUGUCACCUGGUAAUCUUGGUCUGCAAGAAGGAAGGACACUGUAGCAGUAAAUGAACGAGCUGGUAUAGAUAAUAGGAGAGGGGUAAUAACUUCAUAUGCAGAUUUUUAUAAAGAGAACAAGCUAGCAGUACAUAUACUACUGAUUCAAUGCUGCCGUCUCCGCUUGGACAUAAUCAUUUCUCAAGCGGAAUUCGAUGGAAACGACUUUCAAGUACGACUGGUGGCAGUACGUUAAAUCUUGCAUAAGUGCAAGCACGUCUGUGUUUUAAAACUAUUAAGCUUUGCAGAUAGGAUGGGGAUGUGUGGAGAAGACUGGGGCAGGGGGAAUCGUACCAAGGACAUGUUUUUUUUUCUUAUGGUGGCUAAAUUAUCCUGUUGCUCAGUAGAUGGGGCUUGUUCCUGACAGCUCCCUGCCAAGUAUAUGCUUGGUGGCAAACAGUAGUUUGCUGAGGCAAGAUGUGCAAAGCAACUCUCACUACUGGAUCUAAGUAGUUCUUGUGGGGAGUUGUAGUUUUCUCCCAUGGCAGAGAUUAACGGAAGUGUGACUGCGGGACAGGAGGACUGUCAUGUAUGUGAGAUGAGUAUGUUAGAUGGAAAGUACGCUAAUGGGGAAGGUGAUCUUUCAGUGCCUACUGGAAGGGAAAUAUUUACAGAUCAUGUAUAUAUGUGGGAGUGAGAAACUUUUGCAUCAUUCUACGAGUUGAUACAAUUUGUUAUUUUCUUUGACUAGUUUCCAACCAAAUGGGAUUUUGUCCUAGUUUGUGAUGAUCACAGCCUCAACAGCGAGAAAGAUAAGAAGAAGAAAAGUUUUCUGGACGAACUGUACAGGAAAGGGUUCAUUAUCAAGGUGAGACUUACAUUUUCCCAAGCACAAGGCAGCACCAUGUUCUUGAAAACCUUUCUAGCUAUGGAACCGAUGCCAGCAUUUGAGGGUCUUUCCUGGCAAGAGACCUGUAGCCCUACCCUGCUGAGGAUAGAAUUAAUGCCGGGAGAACAGGGCUCACUUUCUCUGUUUGGAGCAAGAGAGGAAAAAAUACUAUGUUUCCUCAUUCCCCAAAUGGAGCAUUUCCUCCUGUGCAGAGGAAGUGGUUUGAGGCCAAACAGAGGGACAGAAUCAUAGAAAUGUAUAGCUGGAAGGGGCGCUGGUGGUCAUCUAGUCCAUCCACCUGCAGUGCAGUACUCUUUUGCUCAACGUGGGGCUCGGACCCAUGACUGAGAUUAAGAGUCUCAUGCUGUACCCCGUAUACUGGUACUUUGUUUGGAGGAAAAUGUUUGGAUUAAAACUGCUUCCUCCAAAUGGACAUUUUUUUCUCCCUCUGGAGGCAUCUGCUGAGGGAAAAAUGUUCUGCUUUGACAAGGCAGUUUGAUACAAACAGCUUCCUCCAAAUGAUUACAGCAAGCCCCUUCAGCUCUGGGAGUGUGCCUUGAAGUCAGCUGUUUGAUGCUGAACCACCUCUUCAAAUGAGACCCAUGUACUGAAUUGAUCAAGCAGCAACUGGAAAAUACCCGUCCAGUCCCUCUCACAGUCCAUGAUGCAUUAUUCCUUCCACUUUAUUCUCCCUAUUCUCUCUAUUGCUUAGAUGAUUAAAGAUGAAAAGCUCUUUUAUGGAGUUCACGCCCCAAGUGUAAUGUUCAGAAAGUACCAGUGGCUUCUGAAGAAUGUUGACACCGAUUCAGAAGUAAUAUCUGGAGUGCAGGAAGAGGACUAUUGGGAAUUGAUGAGUACAACAAGGUAAAAAAUAUCCCCUAACCCCACUCUCUAGUACUGUACAUGUGUCAGCUGCUAUGCACAGGUAAAGGAACUUUAGGCCUAGGGGCAAGUGCUUUUUAUUAGGGCAUUGGGCAUCCUCAGUCUGUGCCCCUCCCCACUAUGCAUCCUCCAGUGUUUUUGCUUGGCUAGUGUGUGCUCUUGAACUGUGAUGAUGCUUCUUGCUGGCCUAGAUGGAGUUGUGUGUACACUCUUGCAUGGCUAGAAUGUAGCCUGCUGUAUAAAGGUAAGAGUUGCACUUGUUGCUCUACCCAUUUUUGUCUCUGCCAACCUUCCACUGCCCCUGAAGAUUCUCCAUGAGAUAACACAGCCCUUUGGUUGAAAAAGUUUACCUACUCCAGCACUAGCCAAAGCCCAUUUUGAAACAUUCCAGUUGAAAGGAGCUGUUCCCCACAUGGUUACAAUUACUUUUUCCAUAUCACUGUGUGUAAACAUUCAGGAAGAAACAUUCAGGUUUGUGUCCGCAUGGAGAAUACUGUGCCAAUUGUAGGCUUUUAUCUGAAACCUUAUAGUCAAGGAUUAGGGGCUGAAAGUGAUAGUGGUUGAUAACCACUUAAGUAUGAAGCAUCCUAUCCAUGCUAGUGCUACAUAUUAUUCUUUCCACUGCGUGUGCUGGACAAAUUAGAGUUGCUGCCUUUUUAAAGGACCUUUACUUUUAAGAACUGCAUUAUCAGGCAUAAGUUUCUUUCCUGACAUGGAUAGGGAUAGCUGCACUUCCUUUUUGCUGUCCAUUGGUAAAUUUAGUCUGUUCUUGCUAUUCUCAAUUCUGUGUUUUAGAAUACGUAUUGUCAGCUUUAUCCUGCAGAACAUAAAGAUUCAAAGCACCAAAGGUAUGGGAAGAUUUUUCUCUUUGUUUAUAUGAGACAAUCAAUGUAUUUUCCCCUCCAGAUUGCUGUAUCCAUUCUACAAGUAAAAUUAAGACCAUAAGUGCUGUUUACUACACAAUCUUGUAUUUGUAUACAUACAAUCAUUUUUGCAUGAGUAUUAUUUAAGCAAUCAUCUGGCUGCUAAUCAACCUGUGAUGAGCUGAGAGUACACACACACACAUACACACACACACACACACACACACACAAAGAUUUAACUAGCAAAAAUAUUAUUACGCCAGUUUUCACUUACAGCUCAGUGCUUGCUUUGCAACAGACCUGUGUUGGUAUAAUCAGUUGGCCAUAGUGUGAUGCUUUUACCUGUGAAACCCUGGUCUAAAUUCCCACUCAGAACUACCCAAAAAAUAUUUUACAAUCUAAAGCCUGGGUGCAAAAAGUACCUACAUUUAAAUGGCAAGAUAUAUGCUAUUAAUAUUUAUUAAAUUUAUAUAUCACCUUGCACAUGAAGAUCACAGGGUGGUUUACAGUAUAAAAGCACACAAUACAGAACAGAACAUAACAACAACAACAACAAUAAUAAUCAAUAGCCCCCAGCACAUUUUAAAGUCUAUAGAUUGUUUAAUCAGCCCCAAGACCUGGGUGAAGAGGAAUGUUUUUGCCCAGUGCCAAUUGAGCCUCCCUGGGGAGAGCAUUCCACAAAUGGGGAGCCACUGCAGAGAAGGCCCAUUCUCAUGAUGCCACCCUGUGGUCACAUUUAGAACACAGGUUGAGGAGACAGACAGCUUUCUAGGUACCUGAAACAGCUGCAACCUGUGUUAAAAAGACUGUGUUCCUGUUCAGACGUAUAAGUGAUUGGCUUUUGCUGCUUCAUUUCAAGAUAACCAUAAAUACUUGAGUGUCUAGCCCUGGUUUAUAGGUUCAGAAGUAUGUUGUAAAAACUGUCUUUUUUGUCUUUGUCGUCCUCUUGUUUCUGCCCUGCACUGUUAGAGAACCUUCAUGAUCUGAUAAAGAAGAAAGUCUUUGAAACAGCAUUUCCUUUACAUGAGGUGAGAAAAUUUGAAGGCCAAGCUAGACUUAACGUUAAUUAUAUGAAUGCAAUUAAUGUGAAUGUUUUAAAAAAAAUGUAAAUCAUAGGAGCAGGGGAAACAACAGCAGAAUCAUGGGGUGGAGAGAUUUUAAUCCUUUCUUCCCAGACUUUGUCUCAGUGAAAUUCUCCCCUGACUAAACUAAAUAUAUCCGAAAAUAAAUCAAAUAGUUAAACAUAAUCAACAAAGAAGAGCAUAAUCCUAGGAGAUAUAUUAGCAUUUCUGUUCAGUAUUGAACUCUGUGAUCAUUGACUAGUCUGGUUAAGGUUGAUGGGAGUUGUAGUCCAAAAAAAUCAGGAGGACAGCAGGUCAGGGAAAAUUUAUAUAAUCUGUCAAGAGAUCUAAUACAUAUAACCAUAUUAAAUUCAGAGGGAGAAUCUGGGUGCAUUUCUGAAGAUGAAUUGGGCCCGAUGGAGAGACAUCCUCUAUAGACAGCCAAUUGAAAAAAUCAGGUAAGGGAAAAUAAUGCAAAACUCCUCACCCUAUUAAUGGUAGGGAAGAUGUUCUGAAGUGCAGAAACCACUAUUAGAAAGGUCUCAUCACAUUAAUCCAUCUAGUAAAUUUGAACUUGAUGUACAAGAGGGGAAUUGAACUGGAAUAAUAUUUAAUCCCUCCCUCCCUACUCUCACCCCACCCCCACUGGAAGAAGUUAUUGGGUGUUAGAAUCAUUUGCAAUAAAUGUGGAAGGAUGGUAGCAAGUACCUGAUAAACUGGCUGAUCUUUGUAGAGGCAGCUAAUGCCUUCCACAUGUCGCUGGACUACAUCUCUGACUAUUGGCCAUGCUUGCUAGGACUGAUGGGAGUUGGAGUCCAACAACAUUUGGAGAUCUACAGGUUCCCCACCCCUAGUUACAUUAAGGCAAGUAUUGCUCUUUUGAUAAUAGCAUCAAGCUUUUGUGUUUGCUUUCCAGGACAUAUUUUGGAGAAAAAGUUGCCCUUUAUUUUGCCUGGUUGGGCUGGUAUACUUGCAUCUUGUUCGUGGCUGCUGUGCCAGGCAUUAUCCUUGCCAUAUAUGGGUUAAUCAGCUUCAAUUCGAGUCAGAUCAGGUGAGUAAACAUUAUGAGAAAACAAGCUUUGCAUAUGGAAGCUGGUGAGCUAUGUGCAAGCCACCUGUGUGCACAAAUGUUCAUGAGUCUUUGCAUGCCUUUGUAAAAGAAUGUAUGCACCUCAGAGAGUGUAAGCAGGCCCAUGCAAGCUUGUCUGAAGCCCAGGGCCAGCUCAGCUGUCUGAGGCCUGGGACAAGUGUACCUGGCUUCCCCCCUCCCACCGCAUGGGCCUGCGUGUAAGCACUGAUAGAAUAAUAUAUAAUUUUGCAUCAUACACUUUGGCCUGUCUGUGGCUGCUACUUGCGAGAUUAUGGCAGGAUUGUUUUGGCAAAUGACAAUGUAACAACCUUGCUGAAGAUAAGCAGCAAUUACCAAUGGCAGGAUCUGAGGCCACCUGGGAAUACAUAUAUUCCAUCUUGAUUCCACCAUGAAAGAAAGGCAGAAUAUAAAUGUGAUAGAGUCAAACAACAACAACAUGUAGCUGCAGUCCUCAUUUGCUUUGGUUGUAAUAUCAUAUUGGACUAAGACAGGCUGCUGCAUAAUUCAAAGUGCUGGUGCUAACCUAUAAAGCCUUACACGGCUCAGGACCUCAGUACCUUAAGGACUGCCUCUCCCCAUGCAAACCAACCCAGACCCUGCGUUUAUAAUCUGAGGCCCUUCUCUAUGUCCCCGCUUCCUUAGAGGUUCAGAGGGUGACAACAUGAUAAGGGACAUUUUCUGUGGUGGCUCCCCAUCUGUGGAAUGUUCUCCACAGUGAGGCUUGCCUGGCACCAUUAUUACAUGUCUUUAGGCACUAGGCGAAAACAUUCCUCUUUAUCCAGGCCUUCAGCCAUUAAAUUACCUAUGGCCUGUUUAAGGUGCUGAUGGGUACUGUUGUUAUGAUGAUUUUAUUAUUAUGCUUAGUAUUUUAUGCUCUGUAUUAUGUUUUUAUUAUUAUGCUGUGUAAAUUAUGUUCAUAAUGUUGUACAUCACCCUAGGAUUUUUGGAUAAAGGGUGGUAUAUAAAUCAAAUAAAGAAGUGAAUAAAUAAAAUAAGAUUAAUAAUUGUUGCCUUAGUAUUGACCUGCUACACAUCCAAGAACAUGGCAUUGAUCACUGUGAUUGCUAUCUGUAAUGGAAAUUGUGGGUGUUAUAAUUGGGGAUAACAAAUUGGCUUGUAUCUCCUCACCUGUUCUGAUAGGAUGUGGGCAAAGAAGACUGUCUAUUAGUUCUGUGUACUGCUCUGCCUUUGCCCUGUUGUUAAGUUGGAUAAACAUUGGGCAAAUCACUCUCUAUAUCCUCUGCUACCCUUCCUGAUUUAGCAAGGAAAUCUGUGCAGCCAAUACUACUAUGAUGUGUCCACUCUGUGACCAGAAGUGCCCUUUUUGGCCAUUGUCAGAAACUUGCACAUAUGCCCAGGUAAGAUUAACCUACAAAAUGUAUAUUAUUUGUCUCUUGUUGUGGAGUCCUUUAACGUUGCCCACUACUAAGGAUGUAAAAGAUCAUAAACUGUUGAUUAUGAUUGCUUUGUGAAGAUUAAGAAGAAUCUCUCAGAGAGUACACAGAGAUAUUAGAGACUUUGUCUCCUUUGCCAAUCUAGAUAUUCCCUGUACUUGUGCCUGAAUGGUAGUGAACACCCCACUUUUAUUCCUUAUACACCUCUCAUUAUGUCCCAAUUUUUCAAUGGGUACAGCUUUUCAGCAGAAAGUUGUUGUUUCAAACACAGUUUUCCUCAGCACACCUAGUGACUUCUUUUUUUGCCGUUAGGACUCUCCCUGCAACAGUGACUCUUACUUCUUUCCUUUACAAUUUAGGUCACCCACUUGCUUGACAAUGAAGGGACAGUUCUCUUUGCAAUAUUCAUGGCUGUCUGGGGUAAGCUUUAGCAUAGGUUGAUCUAGAACCUGUUCUAAGUUUUAUGACAAACCCCAUUCUUAAAAUGUAUGCAAUAUUCAACACAGAUGUGGCUAAAGCGUAUUUUUGCAUCUAAGAAUGAAAUGUAACUCUAGAAAACACAUAAAUGUUAGUUGAUAUAAUAUAGAUCCUUCGGGGUCCUUCUGAGAUUAAUUUCAUCAUGACUCAUACUCUGAAAGGCCCUUUGUUUAGAUCUUCUCUUUGGAAUUGCUGGAUUUAUUUCAAGCUAUCUUUCUCUUAUUUCCUGCACACUAUAAAGCUGACUGGCCUAUAGUUGAGUGGAGGGACCCCUGUAAGAAGACAGACAGAUUUUGUUAUCCUGUAUAUAUUCAAUUCUGUGUUUUGAUUCUAAAUUUAUAGCCACUGUAUUCUUGGAGUUGUGGAAGAGAAGGAGAGCUAAAGUUGUCAGUAACUGGAAGUUGUAUCUGUGGGAUGAAGAAGAGGUAAGGUUAACUCUUUCAUAUAGCCAUCUUUAUAUAUAUGUUCACUGUGGCAGUCCUACUCUUGUUCUGAACAGGAAGAAAUGUAUUUACUGCUGCCCAUGGGUGUGAGGAAAAUCUCUUCAGGUUUGGGUCCUGCCCUUUGGACUUGAUAUGAUUUCAAGGGUCAUGAUCUUCACCUGCAGGGCAUCAGUACCUUUUGUUAUAUCAGCAACCAAUUCUUGGUGGCACUGGCUUGAGCCCAACUUUCCAAUCAUUUUGCCAUUGCACUUUGGCUCCUGGGAGACCUCUGCUCUGCAUCAUCACCAAGAAAUCAUGCCUGAAGCCUUCCAGCAUCUUCAUCUUCACAAAAUAGCAUUUCUACCAUAGAUAUAUCUUUAGGGAGCCACUGUGGAGUCUGGAUAUCUAGUUUGGGAACAACUGACUGGAGAGCUCUUAAACAAUUCUGCCUGCUUGGCAGGGGGUUGGACUCGAUGGCCCUUGUGGUCUCUUCCAACUCUAUGAUUCUAUGACUCUAUGAUUCUAUGAAUUCUGGGCUAGACUCAGUAUUAGACAACGGUUUGUCACUGAUGUCAAGGAGACUACUUUAAAAAUAAAUAAAUUGUUAACAGGGGCCAUGGUGACCCAUGUUGGGAGUGUAGAUUUUGGCAAAGUUUCUUAAAAAUAGCUCAAAAACUUUUUUAAAAGUGCAAACAAAUGCUCAACAACUUUUGUUUCCGGAUUUUCACUUUUUGAAAUAUGGCAACCCUAACUUGGGUAUAUCUCAGUUUUGACAGAAAAAGUUUCCCAGUAAACGCUGCAGAUAAUUUGGCACAGGUGGCUAAAAUAGUUUCAAAUCCAGGUCAGAAGGGAUACAAAAGUCCUAAAGAGUCAUAAUUCUGCCAGGGGAUCUCAGUAGUAGCUGGAGUAUUUCCCUCCUCAACUUGUUCAGAGGUUGGGGUUGAGGUUAUUUUAGCCAUUUUGUGAGGCGUCUUGCAAACAGGCAAGGUCAGGGCCAAACGUGGCAGUAGUGGCAAUCUGACUUCACAUUGUUGUUAGAUAUUGUGGUUUUGUUUGUUUUUUAAACCUACAAAAUGCCAGUGUGAAGGAGGAAACAUUGUCUUCACUUUAAUUCUGGUUUCAGUCAUCAUCAUCUCAUUGGAUGCAGACGUCAUCACAGUCAAAUUGAAAUAAGGGCAAUGGUUUCUCUCUCCAUACUAGCAUCUUGCACCCAGCAUCAGCAGCAAAUGUGAUUGUUGUUGCUGCCAGAAUCACAAAACAGGUGAGCCGUGAGGGAUGGUGUUCAUGAAAUAUUUUAACCCAUGGCUCCUCUUAUGAGCCAAAGAAGUUAUGAAUUCUAAGGACCUGUCAGUGUGGCUGUAUUUCUGUUUCUAGGAGGAACUGGCUAUGGAACUCAUCAAUAACCCAGAAACGGCUUCCCCACUGCACCAGCAUUCUUACAUCCGCAGCACUGUUGUACUCAUCUUAGUUGGGCUUAUGGUAUGUGGUUACUAUUUUUGUAGUGCACUUCUGGUAUGCAUUUUAAAUGUUGGUUUGUGUAUGGUGCAUUGUUAAGCCACCCUACAGCACAAGGGGCAAAAUUCUUGAGUUGAGAUUGGAAAAUUUCAUUUGCAGGAAAGCGGAUAUUUCAGAAGACUUCUUGUGCUUUUUUAUUUCAUGUCUCUUUAUAAUGCAGCAUAGCAAGCAUCACAUAUGUUCUUUUCCUAGUGUUUUACAAGAUGUGGGAAUAAAGUUUUGACAAAUACCUCCAGAAUGAGUAUAUAAUCUGAGCAGAAAUCAGAUGGUUAAAUACUGUGUAGCUUUCCCAUUGAAGAACAAUCAACAGUAUCAUUCUUAGCAGAUUAAUUAGGGAAGGGGAACCUUUGAUGUUGCAUAGCUACACCUCCCAUCAUCUGUAGCCAUUGGUUCUGCUUGCUAGGGAACUGUAGUUCAGAAAUAUCUGGAGGGCCAAAGGUUCCCAACACCUAGUUUAAAGCUUCAAAAAAUUGUUUUUCUAAAAAGUCAGGAUCUUGUGCUGCAUCUCCAAAACUUGAUGCAGGGUCAGGACAAUGCCAGGUGCCUGCUUUUAAAAUGUGGUGCUUUGCUAUCUUUCCGGUGGAAGAAAGCCCCUAGCAGAAUUUAAUUCCCAUCCUCAAGCAGUUUAGUGAAGCAUAGGUUUAUAGACUAUUAAACAUUAUUUAUUGCAUUCAGCUGCAUUUAGCAGCUGACUGCCUUUUUCAGUAAGUAGACCACAGACUGCAAAGGAAGUUUAAAAUGGUUUAUGUGCAGUUUCUUGAUCUCCAACAUGCAUUUUCUUCAUGCAGCAACAAUAAAAUAAUGCAAGUAUAACGCAGACACAUGUCUGCGACCUAAGUUAAGGCACAGCAAGCAGAGAGAGAGAGAGAGAGAGAGAGAGAGAGAGAGAGAGAGAGAGAGGGGAACAGGAACAGGCUUCCUGUUAGGUGUGGCCUAACUGAGUCUAUUCUAGCAAUAAGAACUCUGUGGUCCUUAACCCCAUCAUAUAUUAACUAGAAAAUAGGCAUUGUUAGGUUUGACUGAAUCUUCCACAAAAUUGACCAGUGUGCUUUGGCAUGACAGGUACUCCUGCCGUGCUAGGAGCGCCACUUGCCAUGUCCAUCCCUUAUCAGGCUUAGCUUAGACAAGUCCCACUGGUUUGUGUCAUGUUAGGUCAGGGGAUUACUUUGAAUUGUUCCUUUCUUAGGUUGCCUUUGUCUUUGUUCAUCUGUUGCCUGCUUGUUCUGUCUCUGGCUUGGAUGCAUCAGAACUGGAGAAAGAGACAAAGGUGGAAUCUACACACAUAUGAAAAACGCUGUGAAAAUGCUUAAAAAAAAGUUUUGGAAAAUGUAUUGAAUUUGCCAUAGCUCACCAUUGCCAUCUAGUGUCACAUUUGUAUAUUGCACUUUACAACACACUUAAAACGUAAACGUCUAAAGACUCAGGAGCUGGCAGUGGCAAUCAUUUUGAUGCCAUGUGAUCCUGCCUGCUCUAGAGCAGUGGGGGCAUUAACCUGUUGUUUACUGCCUCCUGCACAGCCCCAGCUGCUUUAUAAUUCUAACAAUACAUUCUUGCCUUAUAGAUCUGCGUGAUUAUUGGUAUUGCCCAUGCACUUGUCAUCUAUAGGGUCGUGGUGACAGUCAUCUUUACUCAGUCUGACUCAGAAUUUUUCCGAGAACGAGCCAGUACCAUGGCAGUGAUGACAGGGGCUGUGUUGCAUUAUUUAACUAUCAUCAUAAUGAGCAAGGUAUGGAGCAAACAGUGAUAUUUUCCAGCAAUCUGUCUUGCAGUUGUUUUCUGGUGUAUCAUAUUGCUUUGUUUGCCUCUUGUCUGUUGUAGGUGAACAGACAUGUAGCGCUGUACCUCUGUGAUAUGGGUAAGAAAAUAUCCAUGAUAUAUAUACAUUAUUUCAUCUAUAUGAAAUAUGUUCAACUUGAUAAGUAAAAGGUUGCCCUAUCAUGAAUGCAUUUUGUGACUUGGUGCAUAGAAUAAGGCAUACAUAAAAAUAAGAAUGGGAUGUCAGGUGCCACAGCUAAAUUUGGUGUCCAUUAUCUUAUUUCCAGAGAAACCAAGAACAUUCACUGAGCGUGAGAAAAACUUCACCGUCAAACUCUUCACCUUCCAGUUCUUCACCCACUUCUCUUCCGUGAUCUACGUUGCUUUCUUCCUUGGGAGGUAAACGCAAAUAGCAAAGAAUGGAGAGUUCAGUGUAGCCCACUGGUGAGGGUGUUAAAUUUGGAUCAGGUGACUUGGAUUUGAAUUAAAUCUUUACCACUUUCUUCCUGCUUCAGAUGUGCAGCUAUAAAAAGGGAACAAUGGUGGUUUUCUUUCCAUAGUUUGUGUGAGGGCUAAUAGGGCAUUUUAUUUAUUUUAAAAUUGCUAUAUGAAUCAUGCUGCGAGAAGGGGGAUACAGAGGCAAUGUGUUAGUCCUCCAUUUUUGCUUACUGUAGUGCAUCUCUGACAAAACUGAAGGCCUGUGUUCUAAAAACAGAGUGUUUAUCCGUAACUCUAACAGCCACCCUUGCUCUCUGUCAUUCUUACUACUUUCGUUUCUGUUGGUUGAGAUGCUGUUUUUUAGCUCUACUGCAUCUUCAUUACUCAUUGUGACUAAUAUCUUCCAAAUUGUGUGGUUAUCAAAACUAUAAAUAGCAUUAGGAACUGACUGUAUCUCAAUUGUACUUUCUUGUUAGGAUUAAUGGUCGUCCAGGGGACUAUGUACGUGUGGGCGGCAAGUGGAGACUGGAAGAAGUAAGUUCCUUUGUUGCAAUGAUGUCUUCCCCUACCUCCCCACCUGGUGUCCUGUUCAUUAAAAUAAUUGCCCAGGCCUUCUCUUUCAUCUUCCCCAAAUAUUUUCUAAUCCAUCUUCCUAGGAAUCCCCAGGUUGAAGACAGUUUAAAAAUGUAAUGACUAAUAAGUUUGUGGGGCAUUAUUAUAUUCAGUGCAAGCAGACCACCAUUCUGGUUCUCAUAGCUCACACUUACUUCAUUCUGUUUGCAUCCAGAGAUUACUAUACUAUAUGAAUUUAUUAUUAUUAUUAUUAUUAUUAUUAUUAUUAUUAUUAUUUAAUUUAUUGUCUGCCCUUUACCCCAAAGUCCCAGGGCAAGUUACAACCAUUUAAAAUACAACCUCAAAAAGUUUUUAAAAGUCCUAUCAUUACAAAAAAUACAUCCAAAAAAAUGGUAGCAAGCAUGUGUGAGCUCAAUAUACAUAUAGAGAGGUAUGAAUCUGAGAUACAUGAAAUGAAUAGUGGAAAUUCCCUAGAGCUUUGCAUUACUGUUGAUGCAUUGCAUCACAUUACAAUGAUGCAGGCAUGCAGCCUUUCCUGGCAGUUGCUCUGUGAGAAUUUUUAAACUGCAAGUACCUAAAAAUGACUUUGGAAUCAGUGACCUUCAGAGGCAAACUCUCUUUCUCUUGUUCUUUCCAGUGCCACCCCAGCGGCUGCCUUGUAGAUCUCUUCAUCCAGAUGGCCGUAAUCAUGACAUUAAAGCAAACACUGAGUAACUUUGUGGAGUUCAUGUUGCCGUAAGUCAGCAUAGUUAGCAUGAUCUGGUCCUUGGGGUUAGAUCCAGGACCUCUUUUCCCCUGGAGCAUCACAGACUGCCACAGCUGGAGUGAGAAUAUAGUAUGGGGUUGGCUUGUGUGCCAGUAUAACAAUUUUGUGGGAAAUAUUUGGUGAAUUGUGUUUUGCCCUUGUGGAAAGUCAGAGCUUGCUGCACUUGGGACUAGGGAGCAGUUCUGUUUCUUCAGAUCAGGUUGGCUAAUGGCUUGGUGUGUUGGGAAUUCUGUUCUCUGGCAAGAUGUGGCCUGGCUUUUGUCUGAAUCAUCUAAUUUAGGACAGGGAAAUGGUGAAGAAUCCUUUUCAGUCCAAAGAUCACAUUCUCUUACGGACAAUCUUUAGGGGGCCACAUGCAAGUAGUGUGAAGGGGCUAUAGAAGCAAAAGUGGUAGAGCAGCGGAUGUGACUCUUGAGUGGAAUAUAACCUGCUGUGCGAUGCUAAGAGUCACAGGUUUCUACACCCACCUACAUAAGCACUUGAAGAGGGUGUGGAGCAGGACUAGAGAAGGGUGUGACCUGUCUGUGGCUUGGGGAGAGGCCUAAGAGGCCAUAUCGGCACUAUACAUUUAAAGCUGUUUCAUACCACUUUAUUUAUUUUAAUUUUUUUAUUUAUACUUUUCAGGUUUAUACAUUUCACUGAUUUUACAAUCAUUUUGACAUUUCCAAGCUUGACUUCCUUCCCCCUCUUUCUGCAGUUCCUUAAAUUUAUUUUUAAUAUCUUCUGCAUAUUUGCUCAUUUAUUCAUCUUCUUUAAAUAUAUACUCUUAUGAAAAUGCAGGCUAUUACAAUAAUCCUACCAAUGUUCUUAUUUGUUUACAAUUAAUCUGUAAAUAUUCAAUAAACCAUUCCCAUUCUUUUGUUAAAAGUUUGUUAUCUUGAUUUCUUAUUCUUCUGUUAAGUUUUGCCAUUUCUGCAUAUUCCAUAAGUUUUUGUAUCCAUUCUUCCUUUGCUGGAACUUCUGCUUAUUUCCAUUUUGGGGCAAGUAACAUUCUUGCUGCUGUAGUAGCAUACAUGAAUAAGUUUCUGUACAGUUUAGGUAGUUCUGUCCCUAUAAUUCCCAAAAGAAAGGCUUCUGUUGUUUUUUUUACAAAUGUUAUUUUAAACAUCCUUUUCAUUUCAUUAUAUAUCAUUUCCCAGUAAGCUUUAACCUUACUACAAGACCACUACAUAUGAUAAAAAGAACCUUCUUUCUUUUUACAUUUCCAACACUUAUUUAAUUUAGAUUUAUACAUUUUUGCCAAUUUCCUCGGUGUUAGAUACCAUUGGUAUAUCAUUUUCAUAUAAUUUUCUCUUUGACCAUGUUUCAUACCACUUUAAACAGUCAUGUCUUCCCCCAAAGAAUCCUGGGAAGUGUAGUUUAAGGAUGCUAAGAGUUGUUAAGAGAUUCUUAUCCCCUUCAAAGAGCUGCAAUUUCCAAAACUGCUUACCAAACAGUCCCUCUUCCCAGGGAACUAUGCUUACCAUGCUGGAAACAGGAAUUUUUCACUCAGUCAUGUACUUAGGGGAAUUAAGAAGUAGGAACAGGAUACAGGACCAGAGUAAGGCAGGGUGGAGUGUGGCCAAGACUCGCCUAUGAAGACUUGGGGAAUAUUUCCAUAUGCAACAUUGUUUGUUGCACUGACUUUGGGCAAUAUGGAUCAAUAAGUUGAAGACCCAGGGCAGUUUGCCCCUUGUUGUAAAGGGAGCUCCAGCAUGGACUACAUUAUUGUCCUCUUAUAGUUCUUUGACAGCUUACAGAUCUUGUACUUAGAAACUUGUUUUAUCUCGCUUACACUUGUGUUUACCCCUGCAGCUGGAUAGGCUACAAGUACAAACUGCUGUUCAGAAAUCCCAAAAGCAACAACAGGGUUCAUAUGGAGGAGAGUGCUCGGGACCCAUGCAAGGAGGAAUGGCUAUGGAACUAUAACCUUAAUGAAGUCAAUGUCUUCAGUUUGUUUGAUGAAUUUCUGGAGAUGAGUAAGUGAAAUUCAACUGAAAUGCUAGACUAAAUUGGGACAGGACUCAACAUUCUGUCAUUGGCACUCCCAUUACAUUAGUAAGCUAGUUAGGUAUUUAGCCAAACUAGAUUGGCUGAUGGUUUUCAAAGAGAUUGAAGUGGAGUGUUAUAACAGUUGUACAGCCAUUUUUUUCCUUUCCCUCUAUUGCCUUGGGUCAAACAGGUUUCUGAAAUCUUUGAAUAGAGAUGAUAGUUUGGAUGUAUGUGCGUAAAAAAUGAACACUGCUUCUAUCAAAACUUUAGCUCACUGAAAAAUGUAUAUGCUUGUUCUAUCUAGAUUACAAAGAGAAUGUUAGGGCCUGCAACAGGACUCUGUUUCCUCUAUGCAAUUAAAAACAAACACUGAAAAAUUCCUCACACUGGCCUAUUAGCAUCCUUCAUAUAUUCUAUUCACUUUUGCUGAUUUGAAUAGUUUUUCUUAGCUUUUUAAGAUACUUAGGACACCCAAUUCUUGCUGUUCUGAAAUUUCCAUUUCCUUAAAUGUCUCUUAACUACUUAUAUUGUUUUAGAAGCUAUGUGCAAACUCUGGCCCAGCAAAUGUAAUAAUGACUUAAACAUUCUCCUUUUGUUUGCUGCCUCUUUUCAGUGUUCUCUUUUUAAAUCCUCAGUGAUCCAGUACAGCUUCACCACUAUUUUUGUGGCUGCCUUUCCCCUUGCUCCACUCCUGGCCUUUAUCAACAAUCUCAUAGAAAUUCGACUAGAUGCUAUCAAGAUGGUGAGAUUGCAGAGGCGUAUGGUUCCGAGGACAGCAAAUGAUAUUGGUAAGAUGAGGAUUAAGGAGAGGGGCUUCUACUUCAGACCACUGAGGAGAGGCUUUCAUUUUACCUCAAUAUUAUUAGUGGUCAUACUUAACUCUUUUCAAAGUGGUAGAUUACGCAGGGAAGGAGCUGAAUUAAGAGCUUACUCGGGGGGGGGGGGGGGAGGAAAGACUAUGUACAGGUUUCCGGGGCACUGGGGUAGAUGAAGUGCAUUCUGCCACUCAAGCUAUACUUGGACCACGAAACUCUAGGGGGAAGAAGACGUUAAGAAACCGUCAGUGUAGCUUGUACAGAAACCUGUGACAGAAAUGUAGAGGAGGCAGUUUCCAUAGGAGUUCUGUGAGUUGCUGGAUUCAACAGUCAAUAAAAAUGGGGAAAGGAGCCAAGGAGAGAAGCCCAAUGUAAGGGACUCUGGAACUUGAGUUGCAAAUUUUAGAGCCUGGGGCUGGAACCUAACCUACUGAGCUACCUUUUAAUUUAAUUUUAUUUAUUUCAUUUUGUUUAUGAAUCGCUUUCUAUGAACUAGUCCAAAGUGAUUUUAUAAUUAAAAGAACAGAAAAAAAUACAUGUUGGAUCUAGACUGGGACAAAAAUCUUCACUUAAGAGACUUGUUGAAAAAAGGACGUCUUCAAUAGGGGCCAAAAAGCAAGAGAGAUUGUACUUGUCUGAUACAUAAUGGUAAGGAGUUCCAAAGGUUAGGUGCCUCCACACUAAAGGCCCAAUUUCUAUUUUGCAUGGAACAGACCUCCUGAUGAGAUGAUACUUACAGCAGGCCCUCUCCUACAGAGUGCAGCCAUCAAUUGAGUAUAAAAUGGGUGUGACAGUCUUCUAGGUAUCCCGCUCCUAUGCCGUAUAGGGUUUUAUAUACCUUUACCAGAACCUUGAAUGUAGCAAAUUGAAAAGCAAUGCAGUUUUUUCAGCAGUGGACUAACACGGUGGCAGUAUUCUGUUCCAAUGAGCAAUUGAGCUGCUGCAUUUUUGCAGUGGUUGCAGCUAAGGAUGUCAGGAAAUCCCAACAAAAAAGCAGAAAUGGAAAUAUAUCAAUCUAGCAAAUUGUGCUCUUUUUGUUUUCAGUUCAGAAAUGAUACAUAAUUGAUUACCCUUCUCCCCCUGUCCAUUUAAAUUCUGUUUCCUUUCCAUCGAAAUGAAUGGUAUGGAAAUAAUGACAUCACUGAUUAUGGUAAAUUUAUAACUUGUGUAACUUUUGUAAAUAAUUACAUAAAUUACGUUAAAUUACGGAAGGCAAGAUGAAUAACAUAGUAUUUGGAGAAACUGAACUGCAGUGGAAUGGAAAUGGUGCUCAUUGUGAUGAAGACAAGUUGGAACAGAAACAUUUGCCUUCUUGUAUCCCUAGCUGCAGCUUCUGGGCCUGCCUCAGGGGCAGCCCCACUUAGAGUGCAUUGCAGAAAUUCAGUCUGGAACUUACAAGCAAAUGGAUGGCAGUGGUCAGGUUAUCCUGGGCCAGAAAUGGCCCUAACUGUCUUACCAGCCAAAUUUGAUGAAAAGCACUCCUAGCCACUGAGGUUACCUAGGCCUCUACUGUCAGAGAAGAAUUCAGGAACAACCCCAGACUACAAAUCUGCUCCUUCAGGGGGAAAAUGACCCUGUCCAAAGCAAGAAGUUGACCAAUCCUCUGGACAAAGAUAUUAGAUUGUUAGAUUGUGGAGAGGAGGGAGGGUUAAUUAAAGUUGAGGCAAAUGCCAUCUGCUUGAGGGAAUGUGUUUCUCUUAUUUUCUCCCCUGUUGCAGGUACCUGGUUGCUGAUUCUGGAGGCAAUUGGUAUUUUAGCUGUCAUUGGCAAUGGUAUGGUAAUUGCCAUCACCUCAGACUUCAUUCCAAUGCAGGUGUACAAAUACACAUCUAGCCCCUGCAUACAGAAGAAUUACACAGGCAAAGAGUGAGUGUCAUUUGAGUCCUUUUGGUAGCUUUCAAGUAUAGCAUAUAUUCAGUUAGUUUCUUCUUAGAAUCAUAGAAUCAUAGAGCUGGAAGAGACCACAAGGGCCAUCGAGUCCAACCCCCUGCCAAGCAGGAAACACCAUCAGAGCACUCCUGACAUAUGGUUGUCAAGCCUCUGCUUAAAGACCUCCAAAGAAGGAGACUCCACCACACUCCUUGGCAGCAAAUUCCACUGUCGAACAGCUCUUACUGUCAGGAAGUUCUUCCUAAUGUUUAGGUGGAAUCUUCUUUCUUGCAGUUUGGAUCCAUUGCUCCGUGUCCGUUUCUCUGGAGCAGCAGAAAACAACCUUUCUCCCUCCUCUAUGUGACAUCCUUUUAUAUAUUUGAACAUGGCUAUCAUAUCACCCCUUAACCUCCUCUUCUCCAGGCUAAACAUGCCCAGCUCCCUUAGCCGUUCCUCAUACGGCAUCGUUUCCAGGCCUUUGACCAUUUUGGUUGCCCUCUUCUGGACACGUUCCAGUUUGUCAGUGUCCUUCUUGAACUGUGGUGCCCAGAACUGGACACAGUAUUCCAGGUGAGGUCUGACCAGGGCAGAAUACAGUGGCACUUGUGUGUACACUUGUUAUAUGUGACAGAUGCUAAACAGCAAAGUUUGCUAAAGCUAGCAGGAUAAGUGAUACUGAAUAUCACCAUGUAUAGAGAAUAUUUUUUUCUCUGUGGGGUUACUUCAGAGAUUAAUUUAUUGUUAUGGAACACAAGCAGCUUCUGUUGCUAAAGGUCUUUGUGUACGAGACCAUUCAUAAAGUAUGUGAUGCAUUGUGGAGGGAGAAAAGGGUAGGAAAGUUAAGGCAGAGGAGGAAUUUAGACAAAUUCUUUGGACAAAAAGAGGCAAAGUAUGAUAAGCAGGGAGGAGGCAAUUUUAAAAGUGUAACAUAUAUUAUGAAUACUGUGUGUGAGAAAGAGAAAAUCAAUAUAUUUCAUUCUGUUUCUUGAAUCCUCCCUACAGAAAAAUAGAAGACUAUUCAAUUAUAGGCUGUGUAAAUUAAUCCUCCUUUCUUUGGCUCAUUUUAAAAUGGGAUUUUACUCAGAAUUCUGGAUACAGUAUUCAUCGAGGAAGAAAGUUUCAUUAAUUAGUUUCAUCUUGCUGCCUGUGAGUGUCUAAUGUAAGAUGGCAUCAAGGUCACUGUGACUGUUCAGAAAUUAACCGAUUGGCUGCAUGAUCAACCAGCACAUACACCAUCUAGUGCUGAGAGUAUGCUCCUUGACUAAGCAGUAUCUGCUGUUCUGUAUACAGGGCUUUUUUUUUGUAUAAAAAUUGUUUUUUAAUUUUGGCACCCCAUUUUGAUGGAGUUCAUGGAUUGCAACAUCCACAUGUGUCUGGAUGCAGCUUGCUGGUCCAAUGCGGUCCAUUAGGGUGAGGCAAGCUAGCUCUGUUGUUUUCUGUUCUGUGCUUGAAUUCCCAAAUGUGUACUUACACUGUUAGCCUUUUUCUUAAUUGUCCUUUCUUAUUGGAAAUGGGUUCUUAUGUGUGUGCUUAUAACCUCCUUAAUAAAGUUUUGUGUUUAUCCUGGUGUACCUUAUUGGAGUAAGCUUGGCUCUAAAUCUGGUACUUGGCUGCUUGGUACUAUGCUACUGAGCAAUUUGUGGGCUUGGGGCUCAAAAGUCAAAAAGUGGACUUUUUGCCUCUUGUUUUUGUGAAUCCCAAGGAUGUCCGUCCAGAAACCCCCUGAGUUUCUCCUGGCUUGGGUUGGGGGAUUAACAGGGGCUCUGGCAAUACUACCUGGCAGGAUAGUUUUUUACCCUGGUGAUUCAACAUCCUGUUGCAACUCAAGAUGUUUGUACCCAGGAGUUGUUGGGGGAUUAAGUAUCCAACUUCCCUACCUUAUCCCCCCUCCUUUCUUUACAGGCUGCAUAAAUGUUUAGACUCAAUUUAUUGGAUCAUGUUACUUGAAUGCAUUGUGGGCAGAAAGUAUUGCACUGAAGAAGAGUACCUCCUCCAUUAGAACACCUAAGAAUCCAAUGUCUUAAAAGAGUAUUGUAGCUUUUUUGUAGGGAUAGGUACUCAAUAAAUAUUUUAUUUUUAUAAAAUGAAGCUCUUCCGAUAGGCACCAAAUCAAAACUUGACAAAGGUCACAACUGGAAAUCUUAACAAAAUAGUUAAGGUGCAUAAACAAAGCACCAACUUCUCAAUUUAUUACUUAAUACGUAAAAUUUAGCACUAAGAAUACAAAUAUUCUCCAUAUUUACAUUUACUAGUCAAACAAAAUUUGCUAAAAUAUAUACAAAUAAAAAAAUUCUAACAAGUUGAAUAACAAAAGGCCCAGAUUUCAAGCAAUUGCUGACAUUUUGUUAUUUUAUUUCCUGCCAAAGUCUUUUAAGCUGCACAAUUUAACUGGGACCCUACUGCACCCCAUCUGAUUGUCACAUUUUGUUGUUGUUGCCCAUAGUUGUUUGGCAGGUUAUGUCAACUACAGUCUUUCGGUGUUCAACGUCCAGGACUUUGCGAACCAUGAGAAUCUGCCAGAACGUAAAGAUCCCAUGGGGGAUGUGAUAACGCACUGCAGGUACUAGCAAAUGUAUGGUGAUGUUUCCAUGCCCUCAGCUUUAGCAAUGAAACUUCCACAGCCCAAUUGUUAUUGGUGCAGUCCUCCAUCCCUUCAACAGAGCUUGUGUUAUCUGUUGGAACUUUUGUGUGUGUGUGUGCGAGGAGAAACUCAACCUAGCAUUGGGCUACUCUGGAGAUUAUAUUCUUUUCCCUUUGCAGUCACACAAAUGUGUAUGUAUGAAGACCAGGGGAGGUGGGGGAUGGAGAAUCUGUUAAUUUUGUGGAAGUAACUAAAGCCUUAUUUUUGAAUUCUGAAAAUCAACACUUUAUAUUGGUUUAUAUCUGUGAAGACAGUAUUAGCCAUAGAUCACCUGAGGUGUGUUUGCAACAAAUAUUUUCCCAAGAUACAUAAUGCUCAAAAGUGAGUGCUGUUUGAACCAAAUGCUGUGUGGAGUCACAGUUUACUGAUCCAAUUCCAGAUGUGGUUGCAGGAAAAUGAAUUCCACUUUAAGAGAGGAACAUGGCUUGCCUGCAAUAUUCACUGCAGUGUCAGAGUAGACAUGGCAGAAACACAGAACCUGCUAGCUGGGAAACGCAACCUGCCAGUGCUCUACUUCUGAUCCUGUCCUUUAUCAUUACAUUGGCUGGGAGGGGCUCCACUUCAAGUGACAUGUUGGAGCCCUGCUUGCUGACAGACCUCAUCAUCAUUCAUAUAAGUAGCAGCAAGACUUUCUUGAAGGAGGGACAGAAAGGAGUGGCAAGCAGGGAAAGAAGCAUUUGAUUGCUUUUAACAUCUCAAAGUCUUGCGUGUAUUGCCCAGUAUUAGAUGCCCUACUAGCUGAUAGAGAGGACAGUGCUCUCUUAGUACUAGUUUAUGACUGAACUGUACUGAUUAUUGUUCUCCCAUCUGAUUUAGCUUCUGAAAACUGUACAGUACUUUUUUUUAGCCUCACUUUUCUGCUUCAAAAAGCCCCCAAAGCAGCUUACAAAAGUUAAAAACAACAAAUAUCAGUAAAUUCCCCAUAAGAGCAAACAUUGGACAAACAUCCAAAGAAAUAGCUGUUAGCAGUGCUUUUUUUUCUAAAAAAUAAUGUUUAGGGGUACUCUCAUUUUGACUCAAGAAAAUCACCAUUUUAUAGUUCAAAUCAGGAAAAAUAAAUAUAGUAAAUGGACAAAAGUACAAAGAUUCACAAAAUGUUUAGAGGUAUGCGUACCUCUGAGUCCCUCCCCCAGAAAAAAAGCACUGGCUGUUAGUCUGUUGCAGCAAAGACAACCACAAUCCUUUGUUGUCAAAAUAAGACACUAAAAACAACAUGUUUCAAACAAAUAACUGGAUUUUUGUAAUAGGCAAUACAUACUGCAGCAUUUAUGUGUUGCUUUUGCCCUUCCUGUAGGUACCGAGAUUAUAGGAACAGUGAGGACUACAGUCAUACUGUUGAGUUUUGGCAUAUUCUUGCAGCACGCCUUUCCUUCCUUAUCUUGUUUGAAGUAAGUAUUUUUGUUGUAAAAGCUCUAGUAGGUUAGUUUUCAGCUGAACACAAAUGUGAGUGUGAAGGAACAUUUACAUUUAGGCUCCUUAAGAGUGUAGCUGCAUUGAUCAUAGCUUAGGGCAACAUUUAUGGAAUAAUCUUGGGUCACAUUCAGCCAAGUAUGACUAGGGUAUCCCCAACCACGCUUCUCAUUCACAAAGUAAUGCACUCUGAAAAAGCUUUCAUAUAUGAGAAGAAAUAAAUAUACUCUGUUCCAUUUAGAGAUGAUUCCCUUGCUAACAACCAGAUCACAUUCUGUAGGAUAUUGGACUUGGCGAAACAGCAGGCAGUAGGGAAUGGAGAAACUUUUUAUUUUGUAGAACUGUUAAAGUAUUGUAAGUUUUGUGUUUCACUCUUUGUCCACAGAGCUCUCUAUAUGUCCAUGCAAAUAAGGUUUCUAUGUUGUUUGCCAUCCAGGUACUAGACAUUAUAAGCCCUCUUAGCUUUGGAGAUGAAAUAUCUCUUUCAGUGUGUUUUGAGUCCAGGAACAGAAACUCUGCCAGUUAGCGAGGGGCAACUGUACAUGGACUUGACUAUCUUUCCCAGGACUAAAUUGAAAGUCUGUGUUGAAUGAUAAUUGGGACAUCGCUUUAGAUUUCCUCUGGACACGGCCUAAUGGUGGGUUUAUAAUUGACUGUUCAGUCCUUUCACAGUCAGUGGAGGGACUUGGAUUAAUGUUGAUCCACGAUGCUUAGUUGCCAUGAUGUAGUAAAACACACAAGUGUCCAAAAGAACCAAUGUAAAGCACUUAAGAACAGCAGGUUGCUUUGCUUACUGUUGGUCGUUAUCUAGACCAACAAUUGUAUUGUUGAGUUACUUUUAUACGCCAUAGGGACAAUUGUAAUCAAGCAGUAGAUAAAUUGCUUAAAUGAACAAAUUAGAUGGUGAUUGCAGUAUGUCUCCUGUAAGGAAUAAAAUCUGAUUCUGUUGGCUCUUUGCAGCAUGUGGCUCUUUGCAUCAAACUGAUUGCAGCCUGGUUUGUGCCUGAUGUCCCCAGGGGCAUUAAGAACCUGCAUCUACAACAAAAACGUGAAAGGCUGUUGAAAAGACUCAGGUGUGUGUUUUAUCCGAGUACGAUUCUCUUGAGAGGCAAACAAUGGACAAUAAAGCUACAGGGAGCAGGCUCUUGAACUGCGGUGUUGUUUGGGGAGGGGGAUUGUUGUUAUUUAUAUAUUUUUGGUAUAUUUAUUUUCAGAUCUUAUUGUGAUUUAUAUGGAAAUUGCUCAGUUUGGUUGUGUACUUUUUGAUGCAUUUUAUUUAUUGUUUACAACUACUUUUUAUGUUUGUAAUGUAAAUCAUUUCAUGCUGUAAGCCACCUUUAGCAUGAUUAUAACUAUGGAAAGGCAGUAUACAAAUAAAAUGAUGAUGCCUGGAAUAGUCCCAAGUGGAUAGCACUACAGCAGAUGUUAUGGCAGCAGAGAUUAAUUUUACUUGCUUUUUUUGUUGUACCGUUAACAUUUAAAUUUAGUUUAAUUUAAGCCUGUAUGUACUUCCAGGUUGAGCCCUAUUGGGGCAUUGAUUUACAAUGGGGAUGGAGAAAAAAAUCCACAGAACUCUGAUUCCACAGUGGACUAAUCUGAUCAGAGCAGAUCAUGACCUGGAUUAGAUCAAUAGGUUACUUUAGAACCCACAGUCCUGCAGAACCCAGUACUGAGCCAAGGGCUCCAGGGCUGGCUUCCUCUGUUCAUUUCAUAUGGUUCCAUCCAUCCCUUUUUACAAGUUUCAGAAAUAGUCUUCCAGCCAUUCAGAGUCUAGAAUGGUCAGUACAGUGGGUCUUCUUCAACAGAAUAGGGCAAGUCUCCCUGGGAACAAUGGAGCUUUUUGAUGUUCCAUCAUUCAGAGGGAAUGAGACUGCUGUGUUUUUUGCAUCAUCAUCAUCAUCAUCAUCAUCUAAUAUGCCACCCAUCUGAUUGGGUUGCCCCUGCAAAAAAUAGUAAAAACACAAUACAACCUCAAAUACUAAAAACUUCCCUUAACAGGGCUGCCUUCAGAUGUCUUUUAAAAAUCACAUAGCUGAGAGCAAGGGAAUGAAGCCCCAUCACUCCUAGGGCUUCAGCUGACGUGAUUCCUCUGCUUAAGACACAAACAUACCCUGCUGUAUAUCAUGCCUACAUCAGUUUGUCUCCUGGAAGUGACCUGUGGGAAUAUUUUUGUUCAAUGUGCAAAUAAAUCCUUGACGUAUCAUUUUGUAAGGUGGUUCCAUACAGCAGGUGGCAGUGAAUUCUGCUUUAUCCCCACAGCUGAGAUGGUUUCAUGCUCUCUUAUAUGAAAUUAAAUAUUCUUGUAUUCUCCUUUCUAUUUUAAAUGCUUAAAUGGCAUAGGAAGGACCCUCAUUGGCUUCCCUUCCAGGUAUUAGUAAAGCCCACACCUCUUUAGCUUCACCAUUUUCCCCCUUGCAAUUAAAAUGCUGUAUCUUCCAACUGAAAUUGAGAAUAGUUGUUUCUAUAUAUUUUAGAAGAAUGGAUGACUCCACAGAAGUAUAGUGAAACGUCAUAUGAGAGUGCUGGGAUCAAGAGAAGAAAUCCUCGAGCCAAGCAUCUAGAAGAAUGGUGCUGUAGGCUUUGAAGAUGUCACCUGAACUCUGCAGGCGUCGCGUGAUCUUUUGCUUACUGCUCUUGGAUUUUACCUCUUCACUGAAAGGAAACAACGCCAUUGCUUUGCAUGGUAAGAUUGUUUUGAAUAUUCAAGUGUUCCUAGGAGAAUACAGGGUAGGAACAAUGUCACAUGUCAGAGCAUGAGGCAGAAGUAAGCAGGAGCGUUUGCACUGUCAAUAAAAUAACUCUAUUGCUAUAAGGUUAAAAUAAUUUUGGUUACACCAAAACUUCCAUGCUCUGCUGCCACCACUCAUAACAGAUUUGACACUUAACGCCCAUGAAACUCUCACAGCUGUCUCAGACUCACAGUAUAAAUCAACAUGAAAUCUCUUAACUCUCAUGGCUCAUAGGAAUAUAUAUUAAUAUCUUUUCAUUUCCUUCAUUACCUUGAUGGUGCUCUUUGAGUGGAAAGAAAUAUAUUGUUUGUAUAACAUAUAUUUCCUUUGUAUAAUUGAACAGCACAUGUGCAAAGUUAUUUUUAUAGGGGCUUUUUUGUUUGUUUGUUUUUUUGCAUCAAAGCCUCCAAACUGCUGUUUAAAGUUCAAGAGAACAGUUAUUUUGAAGUUUCCAUAAUUUCUCUAUCUGCUGACAUCCUUUUAGAGAUUACUCCCUUUAGCUUUUUAAUGGUACACCAUUUGAUAAAAGUUUCUUUUGUGCUGGUUUAUAAAAAGGGACCCAGUUAACUGUCUACCUCAUAAAGCUGAUGGGAAGUUUAAUUCAGUUCUGAAAAGCACUUUAAGGCCUUUACCUAUAUUGUAAACACUCUUGAUUCUAUCAUUCCAGCGAGCCACUAGGAUAGUUGCCCUCAUUGAAACUAUGAAUGAAACCUCUCAAAGGUGGCAAUGUUUGUAUUACCUCACUCAACUUUUUUACAUAUAAGUUGGGGUCAGGUGUACCCACACAUAAACUUCACAAGAAGAGGUAUAUUUUUCCUUGGAUUCUUAAUUCAUGAUACUGUUAGAACCCAGUUUCUGACCAAUCCAAAAAUGUGUGUGCAUUUACAAAGAUUAUAUACAGUAGUUCCUUUAUUAAUUCACUCAUCCUAAAGAGGCCAGCUGUUCAUAGAACUAUGUAUAUGCAUCAUUCUUGGACACAGCAGAACACUGGGCUUCGGUUAGCAGUUUCAGCCUGUUGCAUCAUAGAGCUACAUGUGUUAGAAAAGCUGCUCUUGACGAAAUUUACUUUUACUUUUCUGCAUAAGCACUAAAGGCACAAAGGCUGUGCUUCAUUGGACAGCUAUGUAUUCUACAAAAACUAUUUUGUUUCAUACCCCUUGUGCCUUCUUUCCAAUCAAGUAUCUAAUAAUACACAGAGAUAAAGCACAAUUUUAAAAAAUCCUGAUACAAAAAAUGUUAAGGCUUCAGGGUGUUCUUAGAUGUAAGUUCAAAUGACUUGUGUCCCCUCACCUUUUAUUAUAUGGAUUAGGUAGAACUGCUGAAUUAAUGUUGAUAUUCAUAUGUAACUUAUCAAUUUGACAUUUGGAUUCUCUUUUGUUCUUGUUUGCAAAUGUUACAUCUUACAUGUAUUGUUAAGUUACUUGUAUUGGAACUAAAUCAUAGCACUGAGAAUGUAAAGAUGUAACAUGCUAAAGGGCACUUCUAUCCUGUUUUUAGCCUCAGCAAAAUCCUUUGUGGAUAUCAGUGAUUGCAGUUAUGCUCUAUUGCUCCUGAAGUCGUUUUUGCAAUUUGUACUUUUGACUGAAAAGAUCACGCAAAGUUUAAAUUCCUAUUAUGUACCUAAUACCUAUAUUUUUCCUUUCCCCCCUUUCUCUGACAAAUUAUAAAUUUAAUUGCAAGUUAAGCUUCAGCAGCAAUCACAUGUUCAUUCCUUGAAAGCCAAUGGGACUUGGAUUCUAGCUGAAACAUAUCUGUUUGAGAAUCUCUAUAAUGCUGUAAUUCUGGAAGCAUCUUGCUCAGGGAAGUGCCUUUAAAAUUGCGCCUUAUAGCAAUAUGAAGCUUUGGCUCUAGAUUACUUUAACACAAAUCCUUACAUAAUGAAUUAGGGAACUUAAUUCAAUUUGUAAUUCCUUAGGCUUUCUGUUCUUGUGUCAUCCUGUUUAAAGUUGUACUUUUAAAGAAAACACAGUUACUCUGAAAUACUGUGCAAUGUGUAAUUUUUAUCAAAUGAAAUUUUAUACAAUAAACUUUUUAAAACUUUUAAACAUAAAGAUUGGACUGGCUUUAUUUUAGUUUGGACAGAGUAGUCAGAAAUCUUAUGUUUAAAGAGAGACCUAUCUUCUGAGGUUUUGUAUCAAAGGGUGCUGGGUAUAGCUCUGGUAUAAAAAAACCCAUGUGCAAUGUGGGUCAUAAGUGGAGUUGAAAAUAAACCAAAAAUGAGGACACCUUCUAACUGAUGUAAGAUAACUUUCUUAAACAUGUAACUAACCAGGGUAAUCUUGCACUCCACAUGGAAACCUUAGGAACAAUGUGUUUCAAAAACAGAAUCCUGGAUAGGCCACUAAUGCAACAUGCAAUAGUUGGUCUCCACUGCUGCCUUACAUAAGAACAUAGCAAGCUGCCUUAUAUUGAGUCAGACAAUUGGUCCAUGUAGCUCAGUAUUGUCUACACUGACUGGCAACAGCUCUCCAGGAUUUCACACAUGGAGUUUUUCCCAGCCCUAAAUGAAGAUUGAACCUGGGACCUUCUGUAUGCAAGACAGAUGCUCUCCCACUGAGUCCUGAAAGUGGAGCCAACUACAACUGAUCUCUUAUUUUUGUAAAAUGUGUGUGAUGUUUUUGUUAAGUUGUACUGAGUUCUG